UGCAGGGGGCGCUGUUAGCUGAGACUCACACGGAAACAACCGGAAGCUGACCUCUCGGCGACACAUCCGUUAAACCGUGUUGUUUUCCUGACUUUCUCUUUAAACUCGGAGUUCUAAGUGAUUAUUCUCUGUUUGUUUACUCAGUAUAGAGUGUUUGAAGAGACCCUGAUGGCCGGCACUGCGCUGAAGAGACUCAUGGCGGAGUAUAAACAGCUGACCCUGAACCCACCUGAGGGCAUUGUUGCAGGUCCGGCUAAUGAGGAGAACUUCUUUGAGUGGGAGGCGCUCAUCAUGGGUCCUCAGGACACGUGUUUUGAAGGCGGUGUGUUCCCUGCCGUUCUCAGUUUCCCCUCAGAUUACCCCCUCAGCCCCCCCAAGAUGAGGUUCACCUGCGACAUGUUUCACCCCAACAUCUACCCUGAUGGGAGGGUCUGUAUCUCCAUCCUUCACGCUCCAGGAGACGACCCGAUGGGCUACGAGAGCAGCGCCGAGAGGUGGAGUCCAGUGCAGAGCGUCGAAAAGAUCCUCCUGUCUGUGGUCAGCAUGCUGGCAGAACCAAACGAUGAGAGUGGAGCGAAUGUUGACGCCUCUAAGAUGUGGCGCGAAGACCGGCAGCAGUUCUACAGCCUCGCUCAGAACAUCGUGAGGAAGUCGCUCGGCCUGUAGAGACGCCGCUCAAUGUUCACUUUUCAGAAACACCUGAACACCUGAACACGGACAGAUCAAUGAACUGAUGUCUGGAUCAACACAAUCCAAAAUCAUCUCCUGUGUGGAGCAGCGAGAGACUCUUUUAUCCUCCUCAUUAAUGAUAAUAUAAUAUACAAAGCAUGCAGCAUUAACCCACAGGUCAGACGGAUGACAAUCUACACAUUCAAAGCAUCAAGUAUGGAGACUAAAACAUAAAAAGCCUGGAAUAUAAAACAAAAAGGUUGAAUUCUUAAAAAAGGGUCUAGUUUAUUCCAGAAGGAGAAUCAGAGGACACAUUCAAAUGUUUAAAUGAAUAAUAUGCAUUUGAAUAUAAUUUGGGGUAAAUCAAAAACUAAUGAAUUAUUCUUCACGUGUUUGUUUUCCACUUUGUGCUCUGAGGUUAAACAAACACUUCGGUUCCUUAUUUUUAGGCUUCAGAUUGAAACCGUUGUAUAAUAGUUUAUAUUUUAAGUUCAGGUAUUAAGACGAUAUACAGAACCAGGUGAGUUAUCAAACAGGAACACAUCUUCACUAAAGAGUUUUACUGAUGCUUGAUCAAUAAUAGAGGAAUAGAAAUAAGAUAGGUUUUCCUGCUGCUGUGAACUUUAACCUGGUUUCAUUCUCUGAUGUCUGGAUGGAUUCGUUUUAGAGCUCCGGACUUCUGUUGGACUUUACGCACUUUAUCUGAAGGAUCGUCUCCGUCGUCAAUAUAUUUUUAAAGAACUGAAGCUGGACGUUUAGAGUUUCUGACUGGAGGAUGGAAAGUUUUAUUUGAAUGUGUUAAUUUGAAAGAAAAAUAAACAGGGAAAAAUG